GUGGAGGACAACGGGCAGCCCUCUCGUUCAGCUACAGUCAUUGUUAACGUGGCGGUGGCGGACAGCUUCCCUGAAGUGCUGUCUGAGUUCACUGACUUUACCCACGACAAGGAGUACAAUGACAACCUGACUUUUUACUUAGUGUUGGCUUUGGCUGUAGUUUCCUUCCUCUUCAUCACGUGUUUGGUGGUUAUUAUAUCAGUGAAAAUCUACAGAUGGAGACAGUCUCGCAUCCUGUAUCACUCCAGUCUGCCUGUGAUUCCAUAUUAUCCACCACGUUACUCAGACACUUUGGGGACAGGGACUCUGCAGCAUGUGUACAAUUACGAGGUGUGCAGGACGACUGAUUCCAGAAAGAGUGACUGUAAGUUCGGCAGAGCCGGUAGUCAGAACGUGCUGAUAAUGGACCCCAGCUCUACAGGGACGAUGCAGCGGAUACAGAGUGAAAAGAGCAUC